AUGGGGUGCGCAGGCGCGGAGCUGAGGGGGCGGGGACGCGGCGCGUCACGUGGGAGGUGGAGGGCGGGGCCCGGCCAGAGCCGGUUCCUGCGUGAGGCGAGCGGAGAAGCCCCCCCCAUGGCGGAACAGAUCCAGAAGAAGCUGCAGGGCGAGCUGGAGAAAUACCAGCAGCUCCAGAAAGACCUGAGCAGGUCGGUGACAGCGCGGCAGAAACUGGAGGCGCAGCUGACAGAGAACAAUAUCGUGAAAGAGGAGCUGGAGCUGCUGGAUGCCACCAACACCAUUUUCAAGCUGAUGGGGCCAGUGUUGGUAAAACAAGAUAUGGAAGAAGCCAAAACCACCGUCAGCAAACGCCUGGAUUACAUCACUGGCGAAAUCAAGCGCUACGAGCAGCAGAUGCAGGAGCUGGAACGACGCUCGGAGCAGCAGCGAGAGACGCUGGGGCGGCUGCAGCAGGAGCUCCAGCGGGCGCAGGGAAAAGCUUAGCUGUUUUUUGGGGGCCCCUCCACCAUUUAUUUUUGGGGGGGGGGGGGUCCUUGUACCCCAAACUCCCUCCCCAAUUCACAUUAAACCCCUUCCCAAAACAGAAA